AAACGGGGUCGCUCGAUACUACAAAAUUCCCAAAUUCCACGUUUUAUCUCAAAAGUCAGCAGAUCCAUUUCGUUUCGGCCACUUCUUGGCCAGCUUCCAGUUUUCAUAGUCGAGUUUGUGCGCGCAGACACGGCGAGAUUAUUGCACGCCCUACAAGGAAGGCACUCUCAUUUUAAUAAAGCGAGAGAAAAAUAAUGCGGCAGAAAGUUAGUGUUGUCGGCGGCGGCUCACUUGGCUCGGCAGCGCCUCUGACUCGCCUCGUUGUUACCUCCGGCUAGAAUCAUUUGCCAAAAAUGGACCUAAAUCAAGAGUGCAGUCGUGGAGACGAACUUGCUGAUCAGGAGGAAGAAGAGAAAAAUAUCUUGCUCGGUGGUUCUGCACCGCCGCGAAUAAUUUCAAAAGUCGCAAGUCAAAAUUUGAAGGAAGGAAAAUGCAAAGAAAUCGUGACAGUCCUCUUGGCCGACUUGUCCUCGCUUGGAAAUGGGAUGAUUUUGGGAUACUCGGCCAUUGCCCUGCCGCAGCUGCAGCACCCUGAAAGUUGGCUGCCAGUCACAGAGGACGAAGCUUCAUGGAUAGCAAGUUUGGCUGCGUUGAGUUUCGCCGUCGGCAGUUUUCUCGUCGGCUUUAUCAUGGACAGAUUCGGCCGGAAACGAACGCUGCAAAUUCAAUGCGUGCCGAAUUUCAUUGGUUGGAUUCUUCUGGCCCUGUCCACAGAAGUGCACACGCUGUACAUUGGCCGCCUUCUCACCGGUCUCGGCGGCGGCAUGGUUGACUGCACAAUUCAAGUUUACAUAAGUGAAAUCACAACCCCACAUUUGAGAAACUUUUUGGCCUCGACGCCCAGUCUGAUCUUCUCCAUGGGGAUGCUGUCCGUGUACACCAUGGGCGCUUUCCACCUGCAGUGGAACCUCAUCGCCGCAAUUUGUGCGGUCGUCCCUCUCCUCCACUUCAUGGUGCUCAUUUUCCUACCUGAGAGUCCUGUGUGGCUUCAAGGCCAAAUCUCUGAUGAAACUAGUUCAAAAUCGCCAUGUGAUUCUGCGUGGAAGUCGCUGAUCUCGAGACACACUCGGCGACCGCUGCUCAUCCUGGUUGUCUUUUUCUUCUUCCAACAGUUCUGUGGAAUGAACGCCGUAAUUUUCUACGCCGUUCAGAUUUUCCAGUCGGCCGAAGGUGGCAUUUUGACCGACGACCAGUCAGCCGUGGUCAUCGGAGCAGCUCGACUCGUCGUCAUUUGCGUCAGUUGCGCGAUUCUCUCGAGAGUCGGUCGACGACCUGUGUCCAUAAUCUCGGGGAUUGGCAUGGCCCUGUCCAUGCUGACCCUCGGCACUGUGAUCCACCUCCAGGGCAAACCACCCUUGGCAGCAUCUCUGACAUGCAUGACUGGAUUCAUUGCAUUCAACACUUUUGGAUUUUUUGCUAUUCCUUGGGUGAUGCUCGGAGAACUGCUUCCUGAGAGAUGCAGAGGAUUGGCUUCAGGGAUCAUCUCAGCCAUCGUCUACAUUUACAUUUUCAUCGUCGUCAAAUCCUACCCUUACAUGUUGACCUUGUUGGGAGAAGGAAGCGUUUUUCUAAUCUUCGGAAUGAUUUCAAUUUUGGGAACGGCCUUUGUCCACUGCUUUUUGCCCGAGACAAAGGGCAAGACGCUGCUUGAAAUUGAAGAGUCGUUGAGAAAGUGAGCAGCCAUAAUUACAAAUCUCAUUAUCGCAUUUAACCUUGAUGUUACGCGUCGAUAGGUAUUCGAAUGAUAAUAAAUGAAUUCAAAUCAACACUUCCUUCUUUA